ACCGAACCAGUCUCCAAGAGGCAGCAGCGACAUUCCUCGCCCCUCUUGCCACCGCCUCCUCGCUCCGCUCCAAACGCCAUUGCUUCCUCCCUCCUUCCCUCUCUCUCUCUUUCUCUCGCCGGACGACGAUGGCUAGGGCUUAAUCCGGCGGAGAAGGCUGAAGCUAGAGAAGCUGCGAGAAGAACCGCGGGGCGCGUGCUCGAGGAACUGCGUCGGCGAGCGAGAAUGGGGGAAUCGUGGAGGCAGCUGAAGGUCAUGCUCCGCAAGAACUGGCUCCUCAAGAUACGUCACCCCUUCGCCACCGCCGCCGAGAUUUUGCUUCCCACGAUCGUCAUUUUGUUGCUGGUGGCGGUCAGGACGCGGGUGGACACGCAGAUUCAUCCUGCACAAGCGUACAUCCGGAACGAUAUGUUGGUGGAAAUUGGCAAAGGGAUAUCCCCUAAUUUUCAGGAAGUUUUGGAAUUACUAUACUCGAAGAGGGAGUUUUUGGCUUUUGCACCCGACACAGAAGAGACCAGGAUGAUGAUUAACUGGAUGUCCAUAAAAUUUCCCUUGCUAAAGCUCGUACAUAAAAUAUAUAAGGAUGAAGAAGAGCUGGAAACCUACAUUCGGUCAGACAUCUUUGGUACCUGCAGUCAGAUUAAGAACUGUUCAAAUCCUAAAAUUAAAGGAGCAGUCGUAUUUCAUGGUCAAGGCCCUCAAAUAUAUGACUACAGUAUACGCCUCAACCAUUCAUGGGCUUUUUCGGGUUUUCCUGACACUAAAUCCAUUAUGGACACCAAUGGCCCAUUUGCCAACGACUUGCAUUUGGGUGUCAGUAUCAUACCAACGAUGCAGUAUAGCUUCAGUGGAUUUUAUACUCUUCAACAGGUCUUAGAUUCAUUUAUCAUUCUGUCUGCCCAGCAAACCCAGAGUGACAUGCUGAAUAUGACCAUCGAACCUUUGUCAAAAUCGUCUGAGAGACCUUCCUCACUUGAUCUAUCUUGGAAACAAUUCAUUCCCUCCAACAUAAGGAUAGCGCCAUUUCCAACUCGUGAAUACACUGAUGAUGAAUUCCAGUCUAUCAUCAAGAGUGUUAUGGGAGUAUUGUACCUUUUGGGUUUUCUCUAUCCAAUUUCUCGUCUAAUCAGCUACUCUGUGUUUGAGAAGGAACAGAAGAUAAAAGAAGGUCUCUACAUGAUGGGUUUGAAAGAUGGGAUAUUUCACCUGUCUUGGUUUAUUGCAUAUUCUUUGCAGUUUGCAAUUUCCUCUGGAAUUAUCACUGUUUGUACAAUGGACAACCUUUUCAAGUACAGUGACAAAUCCUUGGUUUUUGUGUACUUCUUCUCCUUUGGACUGAGUGCAAUCAUGCUGUCAUUUAUGAUAUGUGCAUUUUUCACACGAGCGAAAACAGCUGUUGCAGUUGGUACCCUUUGUUUCCUUGGGGCCUUCUUUCCUUAUUACACGGUGAAUGAUGAAGGUGUUCCUAUGAUUCUGAAAGUCAUUGCUUCUCUGCUUUCACCAACGGCCUUUGCUUUGGGGUCUAUUAACUUUGCUGAUUAUGAACGUGCUCAUGUUGGGCUUCGGUGGAGCAACGUUUGGCUGGCGUCAUCUGGAGCGAAUUUUCUGGUCUGUCUAGUAAUGAUGAUAUUCGACUCACUUGUGUACUGUCUCAUUGGUUUUUACCUGAAUAAGGUCCUUACGGGUCAGUGUGGAGUGCUUUAUCCUUUGGAUUUUAUACUUGACAAGGGAUUCAGACAGAAGAAGAAUAGUCCAAAGCACCAGGCCGUCAGUGUGGAAGUACAGGACAAAAAUAAACAUUUGAAGAAGGGGGCCACUUUUCCUGAAAUAGAUAGUGAACCUGCUAUUGAAUCAAUAAGCUUGGAAAUGAAACAACAGGAGCUUGAUCGGCGAUGCAUACAAAUUAGGAACUUGCAUAAGGUGUAUGCCACAAAAAAGGGGAAAUGUUGUGCAGUGAACUCACUGCAGCUAACCCUAUAUGAGAAUCAGAUACUAGCUCUUCUAGGACAUAAUGGAGCCGGUAAGAGCACAACAAUUUCGAUGCUUGUUGGACUUCUUUCUCCCACAUCAGGGGAUGCUUUGGUGCUUGGCCGGAAUAUUACGACGGAAAUGGAUGAGAUAAGGAAAUGUCUGGGAGUUUGCCCUCAGAAUGAUAUCCUUUUUCCUGAGCUGACUGUUCGGGAGCACUUGGAGAUAUAUGCAGUAUUGAAGGGUGUCAAGGAAGAUCUCGUGGAACGUGUUGUGACUGAUAUGGUUGAUGAAGUAGGUCUGGCUGAUAAAAUCAACACCUGCACAAGGGCUCUUUCCGGUGGAAUGAAGAGAAAAUUGUCUCUUGGGAUUGCUCUGAUAGGAAAUAGUAAGGUUAUCAUUCUUGAUGAACCAACUAGUGGAAUGGAUCCAUAUUCAAUGCGAUUGACAUGGCAGUUAAUUAAAAAAAUAAAAAAAGGAAGAAUAAUUCUAUUAACCACUCAUUCAAUGGAUGAAGCGGAUGAGCUGGGAGACCGGAUAGCCAUAAUGGCUAAUGGUUCCUUAAAAUGCUGUGGAAGUUCCCUUUUCUUGAAGCAUCAAUUUGGGGUGGGCUAUACACUUACUUUGGUGAAGUCUGCUCCAACUGCAUCUGUUGCUGCUGAUAUUGUGUACCGUCAUAUUCCAUCAGCAAUAUGUAUAAGCGAGGUUGGAACUGAAAUUUCCUUCAAGCUUCCUUUGGCGUCUUCUCCUUUUUUCGAGAGUAUGUUUAGGGAAAUUGAAGGUUGCAUGAAGAGAUCAAUGCCUUCCUCAGGAAAAUCAGGUGUCGAUGAAAAUCUUGGCAUAGAAAGCUAUGGUAUAUCUGUCACGACAUUGGAGGAAGUAUUCCUAAGAGUAGCCGGAUGUGAUUAUGAUGAAGCUGAAACUGCUACAGAGGAGAACAUCUCUGUUUCGGCUAAUCACAGUCUCUCUCAAGGUCCUCGUGGCAGUACUAUUGAAAUGACCUACCACAAUAAAGUUUGUGGAAAUUACAAAAAGGCCGUGUGGAUUCUGCCUGCCUUAAUUGGGAAAGCGUGCAGUCUAUUUGUUACAGCAAUUUUAAGUGUGUUGAAUUUCUUAAGUAUGCAGUGUUGUUGUUGUUCCAUCAUUUCAAGGUCUAUAUUUUGGCAACAUUGUAAAGCUUUGUUCAUAAAGAGGGCCAUUGCCGCUCGGAGGGACCGCAAAACAAUUGCUUUCCAGCUUCUGAUACCAGCAGUUUUUCUAUUUAUUGGGCUUCUUCUGCUGAAGCUUAAGCCACAUCCUGAUCAGCUGUCCAUCACUUUCACAACUUCCCAUUUUAAUCCUUUACUAAGUGGUGGUGGUGGUGGUGGUCCAAUUCCUUUUAAUCUAUCAUGGCCUAUAGCAAAUGAGGUAGCCCAACAUGUUGAAGGAGGAUGGAUUCAGAGACCCAAACUGAGUACAUAUAAAUUCCCUGAUUCCCAAAAGGCAUAUGCUGAUGCAGUUGAGGCUGCUGGGCCUAGUUUAGGACCAGCUUUGCUUUCCAUGAGUGAAUAUCUCAUGUCUAGUUUCAAUGAAUCCUACCAGUCAAGGUAUGGGGCUAUUGUGAUGGAUGAUCAAAAUGAUGAUGGAAGUUUAGGUUACACUGUACUGCACAAUUGUUCUUGUCAACAUGCUGCUCCAACUUUCAUCAAUUUAAUGAAUUCUGCAAUACUUAGGCUAGCUACACAAGACAAAAACAUGACUAUUCGAACUCGCAAUCACCCUCUUCCAAUGACAAAGAGCCAGCGGUUGCAGCAUCAUGAUCUGGAUGCUUUCUCUGCUGCAAUUAUAAUUAAUAUUGCGUUCUCAUUUAUUCCUGCUUCAUUUGCUGUUUCUAUUGUGAAGGAGCGGGAAGUGAAAGCUAAACACCAGCAACUAAUUAGUGGGGUUUCCAUACUCUCAUAUUGGACUUCUAUCUACAUAUGGGACUUCAUCAGCUUCUUAUUCCCUUCAUCUUUUGCAAUUGUUCUCUUCUACAUCUUUGGUUUGGAUCAAUUUAUUGGAGCUGGUAGCUUUCUUCCUACGUUCCUGAUGUUUUUGGAGUAUGGCCUGGCAAUUGCUUCGUCAACAUAUUGCCUCACAUUCUUCUUUAUGGACCAUACCAUGGCACAGAAUGUGGUUCUUCUGGUUCACGUCUUCACUGGCCUCAUUCUCAUGAUCAUCUCAUUCAUCAUGGGGCUCUUGCCGACAACAAGAAGUGCAAACGAUUUUCUCAAGAACUUCUUUAGAGUAUCGCCAGGGUUUUGUUUUGCUGAUGGACUUGCUUCACUAGCUCUUUUACGGCAAGGGAUGAAGGAUAACUCCAGCAACGGAGCUUUUGAUUGGAAUGUGACUGGCGCCUCUCUUUUUUACCUUGGUGUAGAGAGUAUUGUCUACUUCUCUUUGACUCUUGGCCUUGAACUCUUUCCUUCUCACAAGCUGACAGUGGCUGCAAUUAAAGAGUCUUUGCAAAAAAUUACUGGGAACCUUUCUAAUAAUUCCCCUAGUUACUCAGAGCCUCUCCUAAAAUCUUCUUCCAAAAGUGGUUCUCUUGAUUACGAUGAAGAUAUUGAUGUCCUAAUGGAACGGAAAAGGGUACUUUCAGGUUCCAUCGAUAAUGCCAUCCUCUAUUUGCGGGACCUUAGAAAGGCAUACUCUGGAGAUAAGCAUCAGGGCAUAAAGGUUGCAGUACAUUCUUUGACCUUUUCAGUUCAAGAAGGAGAAUGCUUUGGUUUUUUGGGGACAAAUGGAGCAGGGAAGACAACAACACUAUCAAUGCUGACUGGGGAGGAAUAUCCAACUGGUGGAACUGCUUCUGUAUUUGGCAAAGAUAUCCGCUCGAAUCCCAAAGCUGCUCGGCGACAUAUUGGUUAUUGCCCGCAAUUUGACGCACUCUUAGAUUAUCUUACUGUCCAAGAGCAUCUUGAGCUUUAUGCAAGGAUCAAAAGAGUCCCAGACCAAAGGAUUAAUGAUGUUGUUAUGGAGAAGUUAGUGGAGUUUGACUUGCUUAAAUAUGCAAAAAGACCAUCAUUUACUCUUAGUGGGGGAAAUAAGCGCAAACUAUCUGUUGCAAUCGCAAUGAUUGGAGAUCCUCCUAUAGUCAUUCUCGAUGAGCCCUCUACAGGUAUGGACCCCAUUGCCAAACGGUUCAUGUGGGACGUGAUAUCCCGUUUAUCAACCAGACGAGGAAAGACUGCAGUUAUUCUAACCACUCAUAGUAUGAAUGAAGCUCAAGCUUUAUGUACGAGGAUUGGAAUAAUGGUCGGAGGCCGAUUAAGAUGCAUUGGGAGUCCCCAGCAUUUGAAAACUCGCUUUGGCAAUCAUCUUGAGUUAGAGGUUAAACCUACUGAAGUUGACCACAAAGACCUGGACAACCUUUGCCUAAUUAUCCGAGGAAAACUUUUUGAUAUUCCUCAAACCAGAAGCUUACUUGAUGACCUUGAAGUUUGCAUUGGGGGCAUGGACUCCAUUACUGCAGAAAAUGCAACAGUGGCAGAGAUUAGCUUAUCAAAAGAAAUGAUAAUGGCAGUUGGACACUGGCUUGGCAAUGAAGAAAGGGCCAUGAAACUUCUAAUGGAGGCACACAUUUCUGAUGGGGUUGUUCGAGAACAGUUGUCAGACCAGUUGUUUCGAGAUGGUAGUAUACCAUUGCCUAUAUUUUGCGAGUGGUGGUUAACCAAAGAAAAGUUUUCAGUCAUCGACUCAUUUGUUGCAUCAUCCUUUCCUGGUGCAAAAUUCCAGAAUUACAAUGGGUUGAGUGUCAAAUAUCAGUUGCCAUACGGAGAAGGCUUCUCACUUGCCGAUGUUUUUGGGCAUUUGGAAAGAAACAGGAGCCAGUUGGGAAUAUCAGAGUACAGUAUUAGUCAGUCUACUUUAGAAUCCAUAUUCAAUCGUUUUGCAGCAAAUGCCUGAAGUAGCGGCAAUUUUGCGUUGAUUAGGAGGGGGGCGGCAAAAGAUAUAUGGGCUAUAUAGGCCACAAGUCUCCGGGCAGGAAGAGCCGUCUUUCUUGAGCGCUUCCUUUGUGCAAUUCUUUUAGCCAUUUGUGAAUAGAACGAACUGGCACAUUGUACGAGAAUUAAAAGUUGUGGUCUUAGCUAAUCAUUAAAAGCUGCCCAAUCAAAGUUAUAAGAGUAAAAAGAGUUAUUGCCUCC